UCUUUCUUCUUCAUUCCGACUACUUUCACGUCCACAUAGACGUCACCAGAUAAAAAUCGUCGUCUUUGCUUGCUACUUCAAGAAUUCCAGGCAUCGCAAAAGGCCCCAUCGGCCAUACAAGACUGUUUUACCCCUUCAACCGGUUUUCUCACGGUGUAAAUUCUCCAAUUCGGGUAUUUCUUUUUUUUUCUUUUCUCUUAAAUUCGUCUUUUUUCGAAACCCCCUUUGAUCGAUUUUUAAGAAAGCGAACCACUUGCUUUCGGCAAGUGUGAAAAAAUUAAAUAGACCGUGAUAGAUGAAACGGGCGAUGGGUUAGCGGGGGUGCUAUUGGUUUUUUGGUUCAUUUUUGGAGUUUCGGGUUUUUAGAACUAGGGUUUGGGAUGAAAAGCCGAUCUCAUCGUCUGCCGACGAUUUCGGACACACCGGAUGACUGGGUGGACGAGUCUUGGACGGUGGAUUGUGUGUGUGGGGUUAAUUUUGAUGAUGGAGAAGAAAUGGUCGAUUGUGAUGAAUGUGGUGUUUGGGUGCAUACCAGGUGUUCGAGAUAUGUCAAAAGUGAGAAACUCUUUUCUUGUGAUAAGUGCAAAAGCAAGAAGCUUAGGAAAGAGAGUGAGGAAACGGAGGUUGCACAAUUGUUGGUUGAGUUGCCUACAAAAACAUUGAGAAUGGAUAAUCCAUAUCCCAUGAGUUGCCCUCCUCAAAGUUCAUUUCAGGUUUGGACUGAGAUUCCUUUAGAAGAAAAGGUACACGUGCAGGGUAUUCCUGGUGGUGAUCCUGCAUUGUUUAGUGGGGUGUCUCCACUUUUCAGUCAACAGCUUUGGAAGUGCACAGGAUAUGUUCCAAAAAAGUUUAAUUCUCAAUACAGGGAGUUCCCUUGUUGGGAUGAAAGACAGGAUGAUGAUGAUGAUGAUGAUGAUGACAAAGACAAUGAAGAACUUGAAAAUCCUGCCUGUAAAGGGGCUGAUGCCUUGUUUUCAUUGUCAACUUCUGGUGGCAAUAAAAGUCAUGCUAAUGAAGGAGGUGUUUUGGAUAUGGGCCCACCAACUACUGAUACUAAGAAGCAAGAUGUGAGAAAGGAAAGGAGCUUAUUGAAGCCUAUUGUGAUUCAUUCAAGCCACCAAAAGAAAGAUGAUUCUAAGGUAAUCAAGGACCAAAACAGGAAGAAAAAUGUCAAAGCGAUGGAUAAAUAUGGAGAUUCUAAGAAGAGAUCUUUUGAAUCAGUGUCCACCAUGUCAACUGAUGCAAAACAAUCAGAAUCAUAUGAAGGCAAAGAUCAUAAGGCUUCCAAGACUGAUAAACAAAGUUGUAAACCUGAAAGUUCAAGAACAGAUGUGCAGGACAAUCAUAAAUCAGAAGAUAACAUCCCUUUAUCUAGUGGACAACCUUCAGAGAGUGUACCCAUUGAUGAUUCAAUACUAAAUCCUUCAAAAGAAGCAAAACAAAUGCAAGAAAAUGAUGGAAAUCAAGUUCCUAUAAAUGUGGAGAUUUCUGAUGGCAUUGCAUCAUCACUAAAACAGAAUCCUGUGGAAACUAGUAGCAUUAAAGAUGAGGUUAAGCAUGAUGUUGUGGAUGAUGCAAAUAACAAUGAAAGAACUUGUAGCACAAGUAAUGGAACUCAGCCUAACAUAACCAAUCUAGAAAAACCAGACUUGACCCCAAAUGUCGAUCUCCAUAUUCCAUCACCACCAAUUGAAGUAAAACCAGUAGAAACCACUCAUCCUGAAAAGACUUCUAAUCACCAAAAUGCCCCCACUAGUGAUUUAAAGUUAGAUAGCUCCAAGACCUUGCCCCAAGAUCCAAAAACUUCUGAUGAUCGGUUAUCUCCAAUUUCUGAAGUGAAGAAGGAAUCUGCAUCUGUAUCCAUGACCCAUAAGGUGCAAAAUCAUGUUGAUACUCAUACUCAAUCAGAAGGCCCACCCAAAUCACAUGGAUCUGUUACAAAUCAACGCAAAAUUACAGGUAAGCCCUCGUCAAAACCAUCUAUUCCAGAAAAGCCAAGAUAUUCCAACUCAGAGGGCAAACAGAAAGAAAACAAUAGUAAGAUCAAAAAAGAUAAUGCAGAUGUUUCUGAGAAGCCAAAAAAAAUUGUAAAAGAACUUCUGAAAUCGUCCUCUACUUCUGCACUAAAAUCAUCACAUUUGAGCAAAUCUUCACAUGUACCCAAAAAGAACUCGUCUGAUUCCAAAGAUCCUGCAGUCUUAUCAUCAUCUAAAGCCGCCACCACCACCCCCACCCCAGAUUCCGGUGACUCUGCAAAUUCAUUGAGAUGUGAAAGUGGUGGUGGUGGUGCAAAUGAACAGAACAACAAAAGCACUUCAGAAUCAUCACAAAAAGGUGAAAAGAUUAAUCAGAUAAACAACAACAGACAACAGGCUGCAAUUAAACAUGUUGUUCACCCUCCUCCAUCUACAAACUUAAGUGAUGAAGAGCUUGCUUUGCUUCUUCAUCAAGAGCUGAACAGCUCUCCAAGAGUUCCUCGGGUGCCACGUAUGCGCCAUGCUGGCAGCUUACCUCAGCUAGCUUCAACCACACCCACAAGCACAUUAAUGAAACGGACAUCAAGUUCUGGAGGAAAGGAUAUGAAUAAUGGGCCAAGAAAAAGAAACAAGGAUGUAACAAAUAAUGUUGAGGGGGCAAAAAAGGGUUCAAGGAGACAUGAGAUUGUGAAAAAUAAUGGAUCAACGAAUAAGAGUGUGCCACCUGUCUCAACAACUGUAAGCAGUGGGCCAUCUUCUUCUAAUGAAGCUAAUGAACAUAACAUGUCAUCACCUCAAAAUGCUUCUGAUGAUGAACUUCCUACCCAUCGCACUUUACCAGGCUUGAUUGCUGAGAUUAUGAGCAAAGGAAAGCGAAUGACAUACGAAGAACUCUGCAAUGCAGUUCUACCGCAUUGGCCUAAUUUACGUAAGCAUAAUGGAGAGAGAUAUGCGUAUUCAAGUCACUCCCAAGCUGUUCUUGAUUGUUUAAGGAACCGAAGUGAAUGGUCAAGAUUGGUUGACCGUGGUCCCAAGACGAAUGCAGGUAGGAAAAGACGAAAGUCUGAAGCUGAUGCACAAAAUGUUGAAUCUGAAGAAGAAGCAGCAACAGCAGCAGAAGAAGAUGAUGACUAUAGCACAGAUAGGAACACAAAGGAUGUAGAUAAUAACAAGAGUGUAGGUGAUGAAUUCCCAAAAGGAAAAAGAAAAGCUAGAAGACACAAGCGACUUGCUAUGCAAGGAACACGGAUCAAAAGGAGAAGAAAAGCUGAAGUUGUUAGUGAUGAUGAUGCUGAUUCAUCUUCUUCUUCUGAUUCUAGUGAAGAAAGUGCAUUCAGUGAUGAAGGUGGAAAAACAUCGGUUGCAAAUGAAGCGUCUGCCAGCUCAGAGUCAUAAUGUUUACUAUUACCAGUUGACUUUUGUUGUAUGAUAUUAGUGUUAGAUGUAUAACUAGAGCUUGU